UCUGCUGUCUCAGAGGAGUCAACAUUCCAGGAUUGUCUCCCGGCCAGGUGUCCCACUGGAGCACAAUGAUACUGCCCAAAAAACUGAGGCUGCUCCUGUUUCUGGCUUUGCAGAUAGCUGUCUUGGCUCUCUUCAUCUACCUGUAUGACAGUUCCCUGCCUGGGAAGGAGGAGCCCAGACCCGUGCAUGUGCUGAUCCUGUCUUCCUGGCGCUCUGGCUCUUCCUUUGUAGGGCAGCUUUUUGGACAGCACCCAGAUGUCUUCUACCUGAUGGAGCCCGCCUGGCACGUGUGGAUGACGUUCACCCAGAGCACCUAUUGGAGGCUGCACAUGGCCGUGCGCGAUCUGCUACGCUCAGUCUUUCUGUGCGACAUGAGCGUCUUCGACUCGUACAUGAAUCCUGGUCCUCGGAAACAAUCCAUCCUCUUCCACUGGGAACACAGCCGGGCCCUCUGCUCCCCUCCUGCCUGCAACAUCUUCCCUCGGGACAACAUCACCUACCAUGCUCACUGUAAGCUCCUGUGCCAUCAGCAGCCCUUCGAAGGGGUGGAGGAGGCCUGCCGUUCCUACAGCCACGUGGCCCUCAAGGAGGUGCGCUUCUUCAACCUGCAGUCCCUUCACCCGCUGCUCAUGGACCCCAUGCUCAACCUGCACAUCGUGCACUUGGUCCGGGACCCCCGGGCUGUGUUCCGUUCUCGAGAACACACCACAGUAGAGCUCAUGACUGACAGUCGCAUGGUGUUGGGGCAGCUUUGGCAAAUGCUCAAGGAAGAGGACCGGCCAUAUCAAACCAUGCAGAUUAUCUGCCAAAGUCAGAUGGAGAUAUUUAAGGCUAUCCAGUUCUUGCCUGAGGCUCUACGGCGGCGCUACCUGCUGGUGCGCUAUGAAGAUUUGGUGCGAAUGCCCCUGGCCCAGACUUCCCGGAUGUAUGAGUUCGUGGGGUUGAAAUUCUUUCCUCAUCUCCAGACUUGGGUGCACAACAUCACGCGGGGCAAGGGUAUGGGUCAGCAUGCCUUCCACACAAAUGCCAGGAACGCCCUCAACGUCUCCCAGGCUUGGCGCUGGUCCUUGCCUUUUGAAAAGGUUUCUCGACUUCAGACAGUCUGUGGUGAUUUUAUGGAUUUGAUGGGCUACCUCCAUGUCAGAUCCCAGGAAGAGCAGAAAAACCUAAAGCUGGAUCUGCUAUCUAGCUGGAGGCCCUUGGAACAAGUGUACUGAGAGGGAUGAGGAGGUCUGUACCUGCCUGGUCCUGGCCUCAACUCCAUUCCCUGGAUGCUCUGAGCCUUAACUGGGUCUCUGUAAGUUAUGCACAUUGCAUGUGAAUCAGGCCCAUUUACACUCAAGCAGAGGAAGCUUUGUGUCUAAACUCUGGUCUAAAAAGUCAACUCAGGAACCUUAUGUGAGCAGCACGUUCCAUAGUGAAAUGUAAUAUAGCCUGUCUUCUCUUCUUGCCUGUCUAUCUGAGCAUACCGUGGAGACUCUUCGUGUGUUAGACACCAUGCAGUAUUGGUGGAGAAGACCCAUAAACCUCCCUGUCUGCAUCUUCCUCAGUAGGAAAAAGGAGAGACAAUAAAAAAACAGGGAAGUCGGUCUUGCACCAGAGGUUUCACCAGUCCAUUCCAAAGACACGAACUCUAAACCCUCAGAGUUUCCGGAAGAGUGAAGGAAGAAACUGAUGCCUGUCUUGAGCUUAUGGUCACAGCCAUCAUUAUCACAAACACAAAGUUUACUCUGCACAACUGAGCAAGCUCUUAAACCCAGGAGGUGGCUGACUUCUAUUGGGACAUUAUUCCCCUCGUGUGUUCCUAUCACACACAGGCUCGCUCUGUGAAGCUGCCAUCCAGGACCACUUCAAUUCCAAAAUAAGAUUCUGUUUAGAAUGUACCCUUAUAUGCCUUCUAAUUACUAUUUAUCCUAUUUUUAUGGGACCCUACUCUAAGAAGAUAUCAUUUUUAUAAAUUUCUAUAAUUCGUUAUUACCUAUCACAUGGAUAGGUAGACAGACAGACAGACAGACAGACAGACAGAUAAUAGAUAGAUGGAUAGAUAGAUCUUAAAAUUGGGUAGUAAAUAGACAACCAGCAACUCAGUUCUUUUUUGUAUGAGGCCUCAUUUGUAAUAAUGCCUCAUGCAUCACCUAAGGGCCUACCAAAAUAAUUUUUACUCUAAUCCUUAAGCCAGAAGACCCCUAUCCUGGUACUCAUCUUCCCCUGGUUCCAGUCUCUGCCUCCCCUAGGAAGAAGUCUUUCCUCCCAGGCUUCACAGAUGCCCAGCUCUAUCUGUGCCUCAGAAUCACAGGCUUCAAAUGCACACUGCCAGGACUUGCCUCAAAUCUGUUGGGUUUGGCGUCUCCCAGUGUGGAGCAGGGAUUCUGGGUGCUCAUCAUGCCGCCAGCCUGGAGCUGGACACCCUGCGCCAGGAACCAGCACCAUUUACCGUCAUGCUCCAAGGGAGGUCACGUUCAGCACGUGCUGGCUGUGGAUGUAGCG